AUGAUUCUUAUCACGGUACACUUUCUUCUGUUUGCAGUACAUGCAAAGGCCUACGUCAAUUUAGCUUUCAAAAAACCUGCCUGGCAGCAGAACAAUUGGCCCAAGAAAGAGAUCGACUGGGGAGCGAAUAAGUCAGUGGACGGACGGUUUACAGACCGCUCACCAGGAGGAAACCAGUGUACAAUAUCAGCUCCAGGAAGAACAGCGACACUAAGAGUAGAUCUACAGAGUGUGGUCAGGAUCAGUCGUAUCCGAAUCUUCUACAGGACCGAUAAUACACCUAGUCCUGGUGCCUAUUAUGGUCGCUUUGCUGGGUUUUUUAUUUAUGUGUCAAAUACUACAGUCAAAGAAGACGGUUAUCUUUGUUUCCAUGAGAAACAAGAUAUAAAUGGGACUCCGUUAGCAAAUCAAACAAUAAACUGUCCUGUUUAUGGACGAUAUUUCAUAUACUACAAUGAACGGAGAUAUGGUGAUGUAUAUCCGGCUUACUAUUCUAAAUACGCAUACAGUGAAGUGUGUGAAUUGCAGAUAUAUGGAUGUGGUAAUCCAGGACUCUAUCCGGAAAAUUGUAAUCCUCAGUGUUCGGAAAACUGCCAAGAGGGAAGAUGUAAUAUCGCAACAGGAAACUGUUUUGGCUGUAUACCGGGAUAUCGGGGCCUUUGGUGUGAUAGAUUGUGUGACAAACAAACAUACGGCUUGGAGUGUUCUCUAUCAUGUGGUAACUGUAGUGACGGAGAAACCUGUCACCAUGUCAACGGCACGUGUUUGAAUGGUUGUAAUGCGGGAGCGCGGGGAGAACUUUGUCUAAAAGCGUGUCAGCCAGGUAACUAUGGGAAGAACUGUCGAUAUGAGUGCAGUGCAAACUGUGGAGUGACCAGAGGAUGCAACAGGUUUACCGGGGAGUGUGAGGGAGGUUGUAAAAUAGGAUGGAAGGGGGUCAAGUGUGACGAAGAAUGUGACGAUGGCAUGUUUGGCUAUAAUUGUAAUCAGAGAUGUGGACACUGUCUAAAUGACACUCACUGUCACCAUAUCAACGGUACUUGUUUACAUGGAUGUUCUUUUGGAUACAAAGGACCUCCUUGUGUUAAAGCUUGUCUGCCGGGUUACUACGGGAAAGACUGUGCUUAUGAAUGCAGUGAUCACUGUAAAGUGUCCAGACGUUGUAACAGGUUUACUGGGGAGUGUGAGAUGGGUUGUCAGCCAGGAUGGAAAGGGAGUUUAUGUAAAAAAGAAUGUGACGGUGGAAUGUAUGGAAUUAUCUGCAAUCAGAGCUGUGGCCAUUGUCUUUAUGACACUCAGUGUCACCAUGGAAACGGAACAUGUUUAGGCGGUUGUUCUCCUGGAUACGAAGGCUUUCUCUGUAUCAGAGCCUGUCUGCCGGAUAACUAUGGGAAAGACUGUGUUUAUGAAUGCAGUGAUCACUGUAAAGUGUCCAGACGUUGUAACAGGUUUACUGGGGAGUGUGAGAUGGGUUGUCAGCCAGAAUGUGACGGUGGAAUGUAUGGAAUUAUCUGCAAUCAGAGCUGUGGACAUUGUCUUAAUGAAGCUCAGUGUCACCAUGGAAACGGAACAUGUUUAGGCGGUUGUUCUCCGGGAUACGAAGGCUUUCUCUGUAUCAAAGAUUGUAACGAGGGAAUUUAUGGUGUUCAUUGCAACCAAACCUGUGGCCAUUGCUUUAAUGAUACAAAGUGUCACAAGAUCAACGGUACCUGUCUAGACGGCUGUUCCUCUGGCUACUAG